AAGAAUAUUCUUUCGUUUCGUUUCCUAAUUUUAUGUUUAUCUGAAGUUUAUUUUGGAAAGAAAACAUGAAUUAUGAAUCUAAAGACUUUUUAUAUGUUCUUUAUAAAUCAUAUGGAAUUCAAGUGAAUGUUUAAUUAAUAUUUUGAUGUUAAUAUUCUAGAGUCGUCACAAUCGUUUUAAUGUGUGUUAUUUCACUUUGUGAUUUUAUUAUGUACAACCUAUGAUUAUGAAAAUAAGAUAUCUAGUGAAAAGUAAUCAGUCGUUGUGUUUAACAAACAUGAGGUAAACAAGACAAUCUCAAAAAAAAAUAAUGCAAUGUACGCUCCAGAUCACAGAAGGAAAGACGCAAGAGAUGUUAUGUAUCGUAGUAAUUCCAGUCUCGACUUGAUUUAUAGUGAACAACCAUCAGGAAACGGUCUACGUCGCGAAUAUGGAAGUCAUGGUUCAAUUGACGUGAUAGGUGGUGGCUGUGAAAGAUUACCUGCAAUGGUUCAUAAUUAUAGUGGUGUCUCAUCGUCGGAUAAACCCCCAGGAUUGUCACGAGCUUCCGACCGACUCGCGGAUGUGCUAAGCAGUGAUCAUGCAGAUGGCCCUCAACCACGAGCUAGUGCCAGUCCAAAACCACGGCUCAAGCUCAACAAACUGUGGGGUGGUGCAGCUCCUGUAUUACAACGUCAACCUCUAGACGAUGGAGCAAUAUCAUCUGUAUCAUCAGAGUAUUCUAAAAGAAAACAAUUUGCACAUUAUGAUUGCCAGUCACUUAUGGCCAAUUUAAGCUAUGCUGCUGAAAUCCGAGGAGCAUUAUUAAGUCGACGCCGCAAUACAACUACCGGAGCAUCAGCAGCAUCUUUGUUGGCAACACGCGGCCUGCCCCCAGGUGAAGAUGCUGUGCCUGAUACUGGAGAUGGGCGCUCUAAUGAACUGCUAGAUAGCUGCCCCUUCUUCAGAAAUGAAAUAGGUGGUGAAGAAGAAAGAUGUGUAUCUCUAUGUUGGAGAACGGCUCGUGGUGCAAUCCCUGGUCACAUGGGUAGUUGGCACCGACCAAGGGCGGCAUAUGGGAUCUCUGUAUUAGAAUUUCCACCAGGCCAUACUCAUUGGCGGAAUGGCUGCCCCUUCACAAGAACCCUUGCACCAUUACCAGUUGAAAGUCAAGAUUUAGGAGCUCUUUAUUACAGGAAUUAUUUCUACAAUCAACCGCAUCAAAAUUGGUUUGGAAUGGAUGAGAAUUUAGGUCCUAUAGCCAUUUCUAUAAAGAAAGAGCGAAUAGAGCUUCGCAGAGGCGGUGGUGACGUAUCGGCGCCUGCCUCACAGCUCGCGUGGCAAUACCGAUUAAUUGUGCGUACCUCAGAAUUACUAACUUUGCGUGGUUCAGUUUUGGAAGAUGCACUACCCACCGUUAAACCAAGCAAUAACAGCGCAACUUACUGUACGAAAGAGGUGCUGGAUUAUGUCGCUCCUGAAAUGCAACUAAAUUGCCUCAGGUGAGUGUUGUUAACUUAUAUAGAGAUUAUAGGAAAUAUUAUCUUACAAACCUAUUUAUUGCGAUAAAUGAGAUAACCAUUAAUGUAAAAUAAAUUUACUAAUUUCAGACUUGGAAUCACAAAUAGCGGGGCGGAAGAACAGUUAUUGCGCCUCGACGAACAAUGCGUAACUAGGCACUAUAAAGUCGGUGUCAUGUACUGCAAAAGCGGACAAGCUACAGAAGAAGAGAUGUACAAUAACCAAGAAGCAGGCCCAGCCUUUGUAGAGUUCCUACAAACGUUGGGUCAGACAGUUAGGUUAAAGGACUUUGAUAAAUAUAAGGCGGGCCUCGACAAUAGGACAGACUCGACAGGCCUCUAUUCAGUGUAUACCACUUACCAAGGUUGUGAGAUUAUGUUCCACGUCUCGACGAUGCUACCUUACACACCACAUAAUCGACAACAGUUACUGCGGAAGAGGCAUAUAGGCAAUGAUAUUGUGACAAUCGUCUUCCAAGAACCAGGUGCUGCGCCUUUUACGCCACGGAAUAUUCGCUCUCAAUUUCAACACGUAUUUGUUGUAGUAAGGGCUAUAGAUCCGUGUACAGAAAACACUCACUAUAGUAUAGCAGUUAGUCGUGCUAAAGAAGUGCCUUUAUUUGGACCUCCAAUCAAGGACGGAGCUGUUUACCCAAAGGGUGAAGCUUUCACUGAUUUGCUUUUAAGUAAGGUAUGUUUAGGAAUUCAGCAAUGUUAAAAGAAAUGUUAGGUUAUUGAAUACUAUAAAUUAAAUCAAUAUACUUUUAGGUCAUAAAUGGUGAAAAUGCAGCUAUUCAGUCACCAAAAUUCAGUACUAUGGCAACUCGUACCCGGCAAGAGUAUUUGAAAGAUUUAGCCAAAAAUUACGUAACGGCAACGACGUUGGAGUCGGGUCAAAAAUUUUGUAAGUUUAUUUUUUCAUUAUUCUCUUUGACAUAAUUUAAAAGUUUAUUUGUGUAACACCAACUACUUUGCAGGACUAAAUACAACCGCAUUCGAUUAAUUCAUAAUCGACAAUUUGUAAAAUUAACUUUCCUUCAAACUAAAAUUUCAUUUAAUUUACUGUUCUAUUUAUAAUAACUCUUCUAUUUAAAAUGCGCAACACCUAUAAAUAGGUAAUUCAUGCAGACCGAGGAUAAAAAAGAUUAUCCUUUCAUAUAUGAAAUCGUCACUACAGUACAAUAAAAACAGGAAAAAGCAUUUACGUUCAGAUAUUGAAUUAUGUUAAAACACAUACAUAGAUGAUGUUAGCUAUUAACAGUCACAUGCACGAACGUCUAUUAAGAUUUAAAGACGCCUUAAAUGUAUAAUGAAUGUCAAAUUAGUAUGAGUAAUGUCACUUUAAACUAAUGACAUUUUUAAUGGACGUUUGUACAACUAGCUAUAAGUAUUUUGUGUGAGGUUGCUAAUUUUUACUAAUGACCCUGUAUAGGUCACAACAAAUAUUUUAUUCUUAUUCAGUCUAUUUGAUUAUAAAAUAUACCUCCUAUAACUCCCUGCAAAGAAACAAAAAAUGAAAAAAUUAGUAAAUAAAAAAAAAAGAAAAUAUUAGUGGUAGAAGGAGUUUAUUUAUUUUCCUCAUGACAAGAUCAUAAUCAAAAUUACUAUACUUGUUGCAAUUUUUAUGUGCACAUGUUCAAAUCACAUACUAAAUUUAAAUUAAUUCAGCUAUUAACUUUUCUGCAGCUAUCUUUUCGUCGCUACUAAUGAAAAGUGGCAGCAAUUCAAACAAUAGCGCAGUUUUGCCUCGUUUCGAAAACUGUACCAACGAUGUGUUAGUUGGUGGAGCUUUGUGUUUUCAGGUAAGUCUAAUAAUCUGCUAUAAUAAUACUUGGCAAUCGAUCAACAUUUCGCGAAGCUGAAGAAUCCCAAAAAACUUCUGUGCUUCUGGAUUUAGCUGGGUUGACUGGAGUAUGAUUUUUCACGCACAAUGAACCGAUUAAAGAGUCCUAAGUGACGCCAAAUAUUUAUAAAUUCAAUUGUCUGCUUGCUAACAUUGAUAUAAAUGUAGGAGAUCUCAUGUUUGAGAGAGGUCAACGUCCAAGCAAAAUCUUUAUCUUUUAAACUUUUACAUAUACCUAUCUUAAUGAAAUGAAUUUGUUUUAUAUGAUAGAGUGUACCUGAAAUACUCCAUAAGUUUUAUUAAUUUUACAGCUACAAGUCCAAGACGAAGGUGCUGGUGGAUUGUUACUUGAUUGCAUCAUGGGAAUUUCAGCAGACAGUGUAGUAUUUAUAGAAGAUAGUACUCGUCAAAUUAUAUUAGUUCUACCCACAAAUUCCUUACUUGGUGAGUUUUAUAAUUUUGUAUCUAUCUUUAUAUGUGUACAGGUGCAGACUUUAAUAUGAUGUAUAAUAUGUUUAGGUUGGGUGGUGAGCGGUGGAUGGACUCGGAUAUAUUAUCAUCGCGGUGAGAGUGUACGUGUACGCGCACGUACCGUUCACGACUCGUUGCUCCGCCGUUUGGCCGCCGUAGCGCCGCAUCAUGCGCACGCGCUUCACGAGAUCACACUCGAGCGAGGCGCCGCCACGCAGCUAGGUAACCCACAAACGUACAAUAGGGAUGACGACUGAGUAAAAAAAAAUAUUAUAUUUAGUCCGUCGGUCUUAUAAUAGAAAAAUGUUUGAUGCAUAUUUUUUUUUCCUUCAAUUUAAACAAGAAAUGGCUUAUAUAAUAGGUAUUAGAGUUGAGGAGUGUGGGCUCGCUGCGUCACAGUUUUAUAGAAAAUGUACAAAAGCGUGACGUUAUUUAAACUCGAUGUAUCGACGCAAAAAAAUAAAAUAAAUACAUAUUUAAUAUUCUUCAGUUAUCUACCUAUCCUAUACGGACAAACAAAAAAAAAUAAUCGUCAUUCUAUUUAAAACAAAACAAAAAGAGAUUCUAUUUAGUCCGUCACAGUGACGGACGUGGCGGACUAAUCCAAUUAGAGGACCUGUGUGGCACUGUUCUAACCACUGCGCUACCCAGGACCUAACAGGACUGACGAAUUUUUCAAGCAGUUGUUACUUUCGCUACAAUGUUAGGCAAUCCACCCAAACAGCCGAAAAAAAUAUUUUUACAAAUAUUAAAACUUUCUAUAAAGAUGAAAAUUGGUUUUGAUUAUUUCAUUCCGAGUGCCAUCACAGUGUUCCAAGAACAAAGUGGAUUUUUUAAACAUUUUUAAUUAAAAAUAUUUUUCAGUAUAACAUUGUGAACGCAAAAUUUAUCAAAUAGUCUGUGUGAAAUUUAAUAAAAAUUCGUGCCCACAAAUUGUCUAAAAGGUCUAAUAAAUUAAAACUACUGUGUGAUAUCUGCGAGUGCGUAGUUUGACGUUUCUAAGGGAUGGUAAUUCGCUAUUUGAACCUUCAAAUGGUAAUGUAAUAUUAUACUGUACAGGUUUCCACGUCCAGCCAGAUGGUUUAGUGACGGCGGUAGAGGGCGGUGGGUGCGCGGCACGUGCGGGCAUACGGCGCGGCGCUCGACUACUGGAGGUGUGCCGAGCUGCCGUUGUCGCACUACACCACGAUCAACUGGUCGAUCUACUGAAAACAUCCGAUCCUGUCACUGUGAGAUCAUUAUCUAUAUCUAUUCAUACAUUACAAAAAUUUUCCGCGAAUUCCUUACCUCCUUAAAAUUGACAAGUUUUA